GUGGCGCUAAAUAAGCAGGAAAGGCGGAAACAGAUCCACGUUAUGGUGGUUAUUGUUGUUCAGUGGGAAAAAAAACACUUAGCAUUUUAGCAUCCUGCUGUUAGCAGUGCGCGGUUCCGCUGCUGUCGCAAACACAACGUUUCACCAGGACAUCGACGAUGGAGGGAGAUGAGUGUGAUAUUUCCUCAGAACAGUCUGAACUUUCUCGCUCAAAUAGAGGAAGUGUUUCUUCAUCAGUCACUCGUGCUCAAGAUGUUUUGGUGUACCUGGUCAGUGAUGGGGCAGUACAGGUGUGUGUAGAGAGUGUAGGCUGUGUGUGUGUACAGGACCUCGGACGCAGUGUGAGAGACGCCCUCAACAUUCCUGACUCAGCUCAGGACGUCUUUGCCUUCUGGCUCUGUUCACCCCUGUUGGAGCUGCAGUUGAAGCCAAAACACCAGCCAUAUAAAUUGUGUCGUCAGUGGCAGGACCUUUUGUACCGCUUCACUGAUGGACACACAGAGGACAUUGCACUAGAUGAGCCAUGUCUGCAGUACAAGAGGAACGUUUUUUACCCCAAAUCUAAAGAACUUCAGGUGGAAGAUGAGAAUGUGUUGCGGCUCCUGUAUGAUGAGGCAAAAUUAAACAUCGUUGAGGGCCGGUACCCAUGUGACCCUGAGCACUGGAGUCGAUUGGCUGCUCUGUCCUGUGCUAUCGAGAUCGGUACAGGACUUGAUGACCAGCAGCUGACUGCCGCUAUCAGAGACAAGAAGUUGUCAUCGCUGCUGCCAGCCCAUGUAGUGGGGGGUGUGGGGGCCGGGCUCCUCUCCACCCUCAGGCUGAGGACGGGGCGACGUGCUGAACUAGAGCAGAACUUACUGAAGGAGUAUCGCACGCUACACACUGAAUCACGCCCGCUCAUCCUUCAGUACCUCGGCAUCUGUCACACACUGCCUUAUUAUGGGUGUGCAUUCUUUGUGGGUGAGAUAGACAAGCCAGCUCAGGGUCUGCUACAGCGUGGUGGGCGUAAGGUGGUGAGUGUAGGGAUCAGUCUGGAAGGAGUGUAUGUCAUCGACACUAAGGAGAAGCAUGUGCUCCUGGGUCUGCGGUUCUCAGAGCUGUCUUGGGAUCAUACCUACCCUGAUGCUGAGGGAGAUUCGCACAUCUUGUGGCUGGAGUUUGAUGGAGAAGAAGAUGGAACGCCUGUCAAUAAAUUACUGAAAAUUUACUCUAAACAGGCGGAGCUGAUGAGCGGUCUGAUUGAGUUCUGUGUGGAGUUGCGCUCUGUUGGUGACUCGGCUGCCUCCCAGAUGGCUUCAGCUCAGGAGCAGAGUGUAGAGGGAGCGAGGGGGCGACGUGUGGGGAAAGUCCGCAGGCAGAGCAGUGUAGUGUGCAGCAGAGUGCACACACUCAACACCAUCAGUUAUGUGGAUGACGGGAAAGAGAUAAAGCGUCUGAAACCUAAGAGAGCGGCGUCCUUCUUCACCAAACAAACUCCUCCCUCUUACUCUGCUGUUCAGGUGACGGACAACUUGGAGCAGAGCUGAAACACUGCCUUCUGUGGAGACCAAAUUCACACACACACAAAUAUAUAUAGUGAUGAACUGAGGGGACAGACAGACUGGACCAAGACUGGGCCACAUGGGUGAAUAACAGGUUAUAGCACAUCGACGCUGAGAUGUUUCUCCACUAUGCAAACACCACUAAACCAAAUGGAGAAAAAGACUCAUGAGACAAAGUGCCAGAGUGUCUGAUCUCAGUGUGUUCUCACAACAGUGCUUUAUCACAGACACACGUCUUUAUUGUCCACUCAUCACAGACACACGUCUUUAUUGUCCACUCAUCACAGACACACGUCUUUAUUGUCCACUCAUCACAGACACACGUCUUUAUUGUCCACUCAUCACAGACACACGUCUUUAUUGUCCACUCAUCACAGACAUGUCUUUAUUGUCCACUCAUCACAGACACGUCUUUAUUGUCCACUCAUCACAGACACACGUUUUUAUUGUCCACUCAUCACAGACACACGUCUUUAUUGUCCACUCAUCACAGACACGUCUUUAUUAUCCACAACACUGCUGUGUCACCAAGGUAAUGAUAGGCUGCAUCCCAAACUGCAUGUUUAACAAAGUCUCCUAGGAAGUGGGCUGUGUCCCAAAUCUUUAUAGUUUAUAGCAUAGUGACAAAUAGUGAAAUCACUUUUUAUAGUACAGUUUCACCCUUAACUAAUUUGUUAGAGAAGGGUUUUAAAAACACAAUACAGAAUAAUCACACUGGUGUUUAAUACAGUCACAUAUGGACAGAAGUGUAUUGUUGAAUAUAUUAAUCUUGGAAAUGUUGAGUUUCCCAGUUAAAUGUGAACCACCUGAAAUUUGGGGUUUGGUUUUAUGGAGUAGAAUCUUCAAUGCUGUGUUAUGUUCCAAACCCCACACACACACAUUGCUGCAUUUUGUAGUAAUUGUGUGUGUGACGUAGGUGCCUGUUUUGACAACCUGUUCUGCAGCAGCACGUAAUUUGGGACGUAACCACAGACCUUUACCUUAUAGUUCAUUCCAAAAAAAAAAAAAAAAGGUGAGAAAUUGUUCUUGUGUUUGUGAAAAUAAUUUCCUGCUCACAUGAGUGUUGGUGUAAUUAUUACAGAAUGUACACUUUAAUAAGAAAUGUUUACAGCUGGCCUUGUUAAACCUCUUUAUGCCUCGUUAGGCCUUAUUAAGGCUCAUUCUUAUUAUCUGUUUCAUCAUCUAAGUGACCUGAGACGAUGUGCUCGCUCUGUUACACCGGUGUUAAUUCAACACUCACACUGCGGAUGGUGAAACGUUCACAACACUCAACAUCACAGAGUUCACUAAUGAAAGCCUGACUAUGGAAAUCAUGUUGGCAGGACUUUUAUAUGACAUUGUAAAUAUCUUUCUAAUUUAAAGACUGUUGUGACCAAUAUAACCUGCUUUUAUAUCAAGGCUUGUGUGUAAUACAAAGCUUUAUAUAUCAGAAUGUUCCAGAUAAAGAAAUUAAAUCGGAUGAAUAUCCCUCAUUUUAACUCAUUUUUACCUUUAGUGGAUAUUUUCCAUGUUUUGUUUUUUUUCCUUCCAUUUCUGUGACCUUGCACUACGAAUAUUAGUGAUAAUGAUCUAAGAUAAUUACAUGGCAUGUAUCUGGGAUGUUGGAGCUCAGUGGUUCAGGUGUUUGACUACAGACCCCAGCUCCACCAAGACUCUGGGCCCCUGAACAAGGUUCUUAACCCUUAAUUGCUCAGUUGUAUAAAAUGAUAUAAAUGUGUCUCUCCCUGUAGGGUGACUGCUAAAUGCCAUAAAUGUAUCGGUGGGUUUUAUAACAAAAAAACAUGUAAAUAAACUUUUGAGCUUAUGAUUAAGAAAUAAAGCAAAACAUUUGUUUAA